AGCUCCUCUUGCUCUGUGGAGGUUGUAGACACCUGAGCCGGCACACACUGGACAGCAGCAUGGCCAACCUGCGGCCCCUGAGCCUGGCUGCCCUCAUCCUCCUGGCUAUGGCACUUCAAGCAACUGAGGCAGGUCCCUACGGUGCUAACGUGGAGGACAGCGUUUGCUGCAGGGACUACAUACGUCGCACCCUGCCCCUUCGGGUAGUGAGGGAUUUCUACUGGACCUCAGACUCCUGCCCGAGGCCUGGCGUGGUCUUGCUGACCUUCAGGAACCUGAAGGUCUGUGCUAACCCCAAUCAAUCAUGGGUGAAGAGGAUUAUCCAGCACCUGAGCAAAUGAGGGAGAGCUUUGCCCGGUGACCACAGCCUUGGCUCCUCCAGGAAGCAUCACAGAACUCCCGCCUGCCAUUCCAGUCGCUUCACAAUACAAGCCUGGGCCAGCGACACUCUGCAUUUCCUGGUCUCCGGCCCUGCCACUAUCGCCCUCCACCAAGUCUCCACACUAAGCUACCAUCUCCCCUCCUACACCUACAGCCCUCCCCUGCCCCUCAGCAGGCAGAAAGCCACAAUCCUGGUCAGUCACUCCCCUACUCAAAAUCCCCACUGCCUAGGCUGAGGUCAGAACUCCUGAGCCUGGCACCCCUGCCUUCCGGAUUUGGGUCCCAGCCUUGUCUUCAGCUCAUUUCCCUUCACGCAUUGGGUUCUAGUUCCCUGCCAUACAUUUCCACCUCUGGCCCUUGCCUGGGUUGCUCCUGAUACUCAGAAUGUCCCUCCCAUCACCUGCACAAGUAUGACCCCACCAGCCCCGCA